AUGGACCUGCCCUACUACCACGGGCCCCUGUCCAAGCUACACUGUGAGAAGCUGCUGCUCCAGGACGAGGUGGACGGCAACUUUCUGCUGAGGGACAGUGAGACACUGCCUGGGGUCCUGUGUCUCUGCGUAUCGUUCAGAAACUUUGUCUACACCUAUCGCAUCUUCAGAGAGAAAGCCGGGCAUUAUCACAUUGAGACAGUGCCAGGCCUGAGAAGGCUGGUGUUCCCUAACCUGCAGGAGCUGGUCGCCAAGUUCCAGAAGCCAAACCAGGGGCUGGUGGUGGCACUGUUGCGGCCCAUCCCCCGGAGUGGCCCGUGUCUGCGCUGGAGGAGCUCCAAACUACAGCUGGGCACUGCCUCUGAGAAUUGCAACAGUGAUUAUGUGCAGGUCCUGCCUUGA